UCUCAUUUGUAAUGUGACUUUUUCCAAACGAUUUUGCUCUUGUUUUCAUUUAGAUUUUAAUUUCUUUUUCUCUUAAUUGUUAUUGUGAAUUUGAUUAAUCACUCGUUGACUUUUUCAUCGUAUUCAGAUAAUCACUUGAAUUGAUUGAUGAUUAAAUUGUGAUCUUUUCCAUUGGAAUCAAAAUGUAAUCAAAUGAAUGUGAAUCUUUUUGCUUUUUGUCAACAUUGAAAAUGCGUAAACAUCAGUAACGUUUUUCUGGUUUAUCAUUUAUCUUGUCUCAUAAUUUAAUUAUCUCCCUUUUCCUAUGUUAUUUAAUUGUUUUAUUUUCCAUUAAUUGUCACCAAUUCAACCUGACAUUAUACUAUUUUCACCAAUUCCAAUUCCAAUCCAAACACUACCUUAAUCUUGUUUAUCUUGACAAUUUUAUCUUUUAUUAUAUUGAUUGUUUUCUGAUAUUGACUUUUUUUGGUGACGAUUUCCCAUCUAUGUGAUGUAAUUAACUCUGCUGACUAAUUGUGAUAUUUUAAAUCUCUACCUUCUAGUUUACAAUUAACAUGCUCAUGUGAUGAUCAAUUGAGAAUCAAUUUCAAUUACAAUUGACUCACAAAAUUAAUGUCUUUGUGAUCUUCAAUCUAAUUGACCCAUUGAGAAAAUGUUACUUCCUGGUACACAGGUUAACCUAAGGAUCUCCUUUACUUUAAUUAUCCUGACAAUUUAUGGAUUUAAUUGUGUUAAUUGUUGCAGUGAAUUGUUUGUUAAUCAUUUGGGUACAACAACAAAAGAUAUGUCAAUAGAAGAAGGAGAUUCAAUGGAAAUCAAUUGUACUCUAUUCACAUCGUCAAUGGAUCUUCCCGAUGGUAGAAACGUUCAAAUCAAUUCUAAAAUGUUAUUCUUUAAAUAUAAUGGAUCAAGAAUUGACUCUUCAAGGAUUCAAAUUGUUGACAAUUUAACAAUUGGAUUUAAAAUAUUAUCAACAACAACCUCCGAGAACGGUUAUUAUAUGUGCUAUUUGGACACUGGUGAAAUUAAUGUUAAACCCAAAGCAAUUUGUGCAACUUAUGUUUCAAUUUCUCGGCCACCAAGUGUUGAUGAUAAUUUCAAUCUUAAUUGUCUUGGUUAUGAUUUGAAAAAUUUAACUUGUUCAUGGGAUCUUGAGGAUUAUAAUAUCGCCACUAAAUAUGAUUUAAGUAUCGUAAUUGCUGAUAAUUUGACCUAUUCUAAUUGUCCCAAUCGAAAGGAUAAAAAUAUUUGUACAUUUAGUACAAAGGACGAAUCACCUUACCUGAUUUCUGAUAAAAAUUUACGAUUUCGUUUGGAUGUAAGCAACAAAUAUGGAUCGAUCUCCAAAAUCUAUCAAAUAGAUCACUAUUCAAACGUGAUUCUCAGUCCAAUCGUCAACGUUUAUCCAAAUUAUAUCGGUUCAGGGUUCGCAUAUAUUAAUUGGGACCCACCGAACAGUAUAAUUCAUGAUGAUUACCUAACCAGUAUCACUGAAUAUCAACUCAAGGUUUAUCCAGUUAAACGUGAUAACUUAUCAGUGGAAUACAAUAUUUAUUAUGAUAAAGUGAUUCAAGCCAAAUAUGCACAAUCAAUUUUAAUUAAACAAUCACGAUAUUAUAAUAUAACAAAUUUGAUUCCAUUUACAAGAUACAACAUUGAGAUUCGUUGUCGAUUCAAAACCAAUGUCGCUUCAGGCCAAUGGAGUGACGCUACUUUGGGUUCCAUUGAAACUCGACCUGAUGUGCCUUACUUAUAUCCAAUCUUACAACCAGGAGGAUUUGAAUUGGUUGAGAAAGAUUCUCAUAAACAAGAUGUGGUCAUUUACUUUAAUAAAGUGGACAAGAUAAAUAUAAAUGGACCAAAUUUCACUUAUGUCAUUAAGAUUAUCCCGUUAAGUGUUAUUACCAAUACUUCAUUGGAUUCGAUUCAAUCAUCAGCAUUGUCAUUAUCUUAUUCAUCGCCAAGUUAUUCACAAUCAUCAAUGAUUAGCUCUGAAUUGGUGGGCAAUGUUGGUCAAAAAUUAUCGCCAUCGAAACCUUGUAAAUUGUCACUUUCGGUGAAAACGGAAAAGCCGAUAAUUGAACAUGUGCCUGAGGGUGAAUUUGAUAGUUGUACCUUUGAAAAUUUGAAUACUUCCUUUGACUAUAAGAUUGAAAUGCUUUCCUACAAUUCACUUGGAUUUUCAUCUGGUUCCAGUGUCAUGAUAGUUCCUGGUAAUUCAAUGAAUAAAAUUCAUCCCGGAGUCGAUCAAUUUUAUGCAAUUAACUGGAGUGGUGAUAAUUAUACACUCUUUUGGAAAGUUUCAUCAACUAAAUCAAUCAAACGAUUCACAAUCUUUUGGUGUGAAGUAAUUGACGAUUUACCUCAAUGUGACUUUAAUCUUGAUUAUAUUCACAUACCUGAAAAUGAAACAUCAACUCACCUUGAGAUCAAUUUGACCGAAGUGAAAUUUGGUAUCUCCGUUAUCGAUUAUAACUAUGGACUAUCAAGUGGCAUCAAAUGGGCAAAUUGUAUCGAGAAUGAUGGUCCAUAUUUAAAGGUCAAAAAUCGUUUCAAGCGAUUCAACAUAGUUUCAGAUGGAUCAAAUUCUAUUAGAGUAACUUGGAAACUCGAUUGUCCAGCAUUAGGACAUUUUAUCGAUCAUUAUGAGAUCAGUUAUUGUCAAAUGGAUUCUCCAUGUAUCAAGACAUUUACGAAUAACAACAUUUCCCGUUCAUCGUACGAAUACACUAUCGAAGAUCUUAAAUCGAGUACAGUUUAUAAUGUUACCAUUCGAGCGGUGACCAUUCGAGGAGAGAUUUUGGAAAGUCCAACGAUAACCGUUGAGACGAAAAUCAAUAUAUUUUCUUUCGCGUUUGGAGUACUCGUCAUGGUGAUAGGAAUUCUUGUAACCCUAUUAAUGGUUUACUCUCUAUUCCUUUGCACAAUUAAAAAACGAAAAGACGAACGAGCAUUGAAAGAAUCAGUUGAUUCCAAUUGGAUUCCCAAAAUGCCGUCACGAUUAAAAGGAGAUGCAAACAUUUUACUUAACCCAUUGGCUCGAGAGACUCGAAAUGAAUACGAAAACAAAGAGUACAUGAAUAGCGGAUCGAAUACUAAUCUAAACAAAUUAAACACCAAAGGAUUUAAUUCGAGAUUCGAUCAACAAUUAACAAAAGAUUGUAAAAACAACGUGUUCAUUUUAUCGACAAUCAGUGGGAAUAAUCAGCUGACCGAUAUAAUCCCAUGUACAGCAUCAUCUUCAUCUUCAUCUGUAUCACCGUCAUCAUCUUCAUCUUCAUCAAUUACCGGAGAACCGGAUGAAGGAUUAGAAUUAACUUGUUCCAUUGGUAAUAAUGAGAAAAUUGUUGCAAAUAGGAAGAGUUUAAUUAAAUCAUUUUCUUCUGUAUCAUCGACAUCAUCUCGACGGAUGAGAUGUCGCAAAUUAUCUGAUGGUGGUGGAUGUGAUUCGGAAGAUUCUGGUUAUUCAACUAAAUUGUCAGAUAAAACUGUUUACUAUGAAGGUGAUAAAUUUACGAUGGAGGGUUUGAUUAAAUCAAUUGAUGAAAAUUCACCUUAUAUUGUUGUACCUGAAGAUAAAAGCUCAGGUAUGACAGUUGACAAAGUCAUCCAUUCAUCAGCUGAUUCAAAUGUAAAUAACAACGAUUAUGUAACAGUUAAUUAUAGUCUUUCUGAUUCUGAUUUAAGUUAUGAUCAAACAAAUGAUGGAACAGCAAUAACAAUCAACAAUGAUGACUAUCGACUAUCAAUUAAUGAUUACCUUCAAUCUGAUGAUGAUGAGCCAGUUGAUAUUAAUACAGUUUCCAAUGGUUACGUUUAUGCUUAACAAUUAGUUAAUUAAUAUCCAUUCUAUCAAAUCGUAUUAUUGUAAAAUCUCAAUUCCCAAUGAUUCAAAUUCACUUGUCAAAUAUUUUCACCCAAAAAAAAUGAUUCUCUCAAUUUCCUUCUUGAAUCUAAAUCAAAUAUUUUGUAUCAUCUUUUAAUCAAAUUUGAUUCCCUUUCAAUCAAUUUAAAUCCAAUUGAAAUUCAA